CGCAGGUUACAGGUCAGGUUACAGGUUGUCGAUCAAUACAAUUUUUCUCAAUAUUUAAUCUUCUUCACGAUUUUGUUUAAUAACAACAACCCGUGUUUAAUAUUUUAGACGAGACGUUCGUCCCCGCGUUCGUCUACGACAGCAGUGUAAGAUGGCGGUCUCAGAAGAUUUUCCUGUGACGUCGAGCGAGGCUGUCUGAGUUCGGCUUAAACGACCAUCGCUUUCGACGACGAGGACGACCCGGGAUCGUGACCGCUGUUAUUAAAAAAAUCGUGAAAAAGAUUAAAUAUUGAGAAAAAUGUUAUUGAUCGACAACCUGUAACCUGACCUGCAACCUUGUUCUGUUGCUGCCGCCUCUAACACAUUCUAAAAUGGGGUUUCUACAGACGGCGUUAAUAGUUGCAUGUACUGCGAUUGCCGUUCAGCUUAUCGGAAUAAGCUGUACCCGUAUUUAUUGGUAAAACGUUUACCAGUACUUACUAGCGGAAGUGUAGAACCAGGAUUUGAAGAAAUUGAACAAGCGUUCAGAAGUCUUCAUGAACAAGGCUUGGAAGCAGGAUCAGCAUUUGCGGUGUACUACAAAGGUCAGAAAAUUGUUGACCUAUGGGGUGGAUAUGCAAAUUAUGACGAAGAAGACCCAUGGCUCGAGGAGACUAUGUCAAUGGUGUACUCCUCCACAAAAGGCGUUUCAGCAAUCUGUAUUGCUGUUGCAGUGGAGCAUGGAUACUUAGAUUAUGAUCAGAAAAUCUCUCACUAUUGGCCGGAAUUUGCACAGAAUGGGAAAGAGAACAUAACUAUAAAGCAACUAGUUAAUCAUGAG